AUGUUGACCAUUUCCACCAUCUUCGCCGGUUUUCUGGCGCUGAUCAGCGCUGUUCAUACCGCUCCCACCUCCCUCGAUGAACAGCCGGGCUCCGUCUCGGGCUACGGCAUAGUCCCGAUCUCCUGGGACCUUCCCGUCAACCUCGACGACCCCACUGGCGCCACCGUUACAGUGACCGGCACUAUUCAGGAUGCCAUCGCCCAGAUGGACGCCAGCUACCCCGGCUGGAACGCCACCUUCCAGGCCCGGGUGACUCCUCCCCCAGGCGAUAGUGCCAGCUUGGACUCCACGGCCAACCUUGACGACCCGGACGACAUCGACUGUAACGUGGACUACAAGUACGCAGGCAAGGUUACCAUCGUGUGGGGUAUCAACUACCUGCGUAGUAUCACUGGCAAGCCGAAGAACGGCCCAGGCCCAAACAAUUGCGGGCGUGUUAGCUGUUCUUGGAACUCGGCCAUCUAUUGGUGCAAUGAUGAUACCGUCGAGAAGGAGCUCACGUGGAAUGAUAUCGCUGAUGGCGCAUCAGCUGUAAACGAAGCGUGUAAGACUAACCGGGGUCACGAUUCCAAGGGGCGCGGCAGCUACGAUGACCAUUGGAAUGUUCUUGUUCGUGGGGAUGUCUGCUGA